AUGUACGUGUCAGGAUUAUUGGCUUGGAAAUCACCUUUUCUGAUGAAUGCUGUCGUUGAAGCGUUAAAUAUAUCACCUGAUGACGAAGUCUUAGAGCUUGGAAUUGGGUUUGGCGAUGGUGUACUGUGCUCUUAUAAGCAUGUAAGAGAGGGCAAAGGAACAGUGUAUACUGUGGACAGAUGGACUUCAUUAUUUGGAGCGGUUCGAGGACGUUUUCCUAAAAAAGCAUUGGAAGAUAAACGGAUUGUUUUUAAUGAAGUACUCGAUGCAAAACUUUUGCCAUUCAACAAUGAAUUUUUCGACAAAAUAUUUCAUGUUCAUUCACCUUACUUUUGGACUUCUGAUUUACCAGCAGCACUAGCUGAGAUGAUUAGAGUGCUGAAGCCUGGUGGUGUCUUCCUCUCUGGCAUGCAUUUAAAAAAGCUUGAAUUUCUAGAAAAGGGGAAGUUAAUAAGGCGGCGGCAGUUUGAUCCAACUCGAUAUAUUUUCGAACUGGAACCCGCUGGAUUUGAGGAUGUUAGAAUGGAAUAUGUCAAAGGAAUGACAAACAAAGAGUAUCAGUUAAUAUUCGCCAAGAAACCGUUAGAAAUCAGAGAGCUGCGUGAUCCGGAUAAAGUCGCCAUUUACCUAAAAAAUAAGAUAAUGAAGGAAUACAUCAUUGAGCGUGGUAUCGAUGAAGGUCAUUCACUAGUGGAAAUCCAGCAAGAAUUUUUGGAUGAUGAAACUUACGACGAUGUAAAGUUAUUAGAAGGAAGUAAACCUGAUCGCAUAACGAGUUCCAAAUUCUAA